AUGUAUCUGAAUCAUGAACAACUUACUUUUCACUUGACUAGCCUUAAAAAAAAUUUAAAAAAGAGCAUUUUUCCAUCAGUCUGGAAGGAUGUUGGUGUUGAGGUUGGCGUACAUAUCAAGGACAGUAACUACCAUGCUUCUGAAGUUUUGGCAAAGCCUCAGAUGCGUGGCCUUCUGGCCAGGCGUCUGCGAAUUCAUAUGGUUGGAGCAUUCCUGGUAUCCCUGGGGGUUGCAGCUCUCUAUAAGUUUGGUGUGGCUGAACCAAGAAAGAAGGCAUACACAGAUUUCUACAAAAAUUACAGUCCCCAGAAAGAUUUUGAGGAGAUGAAGAAGGCUGGUAUCUUUCGUAGUAUAAAGUGAUCUUGGAAUAGAAGGAAUUUCUUCAGGUUGAAUUACCUAGAAGUUUGUCACUGACUCGGGUUCCUGAACUAUGACACAUGAAUAUGUGGGCUAAGAAAUAGUUUCUCUUGAUGAAUAAACAAUUAACAA